CAAGGGGCACUUAUCCACGAAAAAGGAUUUGAAGCACAAUUGCGAAUACUUGGAGAAAAAUAUUCAAAUCAUGAAUCUAAAUCCUUUGGAAAAAAAAGUGAUUCGAAUGAAAAAUCUGAAUCUCAUCAAGCGGUGCCGAAACUCAGGAACAGAAAAGAAAUGAGAAAAGAAAGGAAGAGAAAGAGCAAAGGAGGAACCAAAUCUAAUAAUAAAAUUAGGCUAAGGCCAUACUUUUCCGCGACAACGCGAUCCUCAAAAAGCAACGAGAGAAGUCGCACAGAAGCAAAAGUGUCGAAGCGGCCAUACUCAAUAGCAAAACGCGUCAUUCUUAUUGAAAACCCUAUGCCAGCUGCUGCAACAAGCUGCCACUUGUGA